AUGGGGCCAGGGGUGCCGGGGGCUCUUGGCAGCCGUGGCCUCAGGCCUGACCGGUGUGGAAGCUGCAAGAACCAGAAGACCCCAGAAGCCACUUCACCCCAGGACCUUGAGCACUCCCUGAAUUUCCCUGUGUCUGGGGAGCGGCACUCGGAAUUGCUACGCGCAGACACCGAGUGCGAGAACUCCCUUCAUAUCUCACUAACAAGUCCCUACAAGCUUACCGACGCGCCGCCGCUGCUGGAGAGAACAGGCCCUCCUCCGCCUUCUGCUCAUCGACGCCGUCAGUCUUCUCAGUCGCUCCUCUGCGCCGCCCAGGUCACCAGGGCCCUCCUUGGACGUCCAAGCCUUGAUGAAUAUGAAGAUGACGAAGCAGGGCAGAAGGAGCGAAAGAAGGAGGAUGCUAUUACCCAGCAGAAUACGAUACAAAAUGAGAAUUCCAGUGCAGAUACCCCUGGCUCGUACUUACUGCAGGACUCCUCCAGGAUGGUUUCAAGCAGGUAUAAAAGCACAGCUAAUGCACCAGAAGAUGACGCUCCAAAUAGAUAUUCCCGACCAGACAGGACAACUUACAGCAGAUACAGCAGGGAUGCAAAUUCUUCUGGCAGUUCUGUACCAAGUAGUGCUUUGGAAAAGAGGAUUGAGGAACUUGAAAGGGAACUUGCAAAGGAGAGACAGGAAAAUGCAAGAUUAAUGAAGAUGACACAGGACAAGGAGGAACUAAUUGGAAAGCUGAAGGAAGAAAUUGAUUUAUUAAACAGAGACCUAGAUGAUAUAGAAGAUGAAAAUGAACAAUUGAAGCAAGAAAACAAAACCCUCUUAAAAGUUGUUGGACAGCUAACAAGGUAG